AAUAACUAACGACCUUCAAUAUCAAAUAUUCGAUUUUGUGUUGGAGACAGAAAUCCACGACUUUGCCAACAUCGCUUUGCUAUUCUCCGAAAUACUACCUUGAAUCUCACGAACUCUCUUUUCCCUUUUCCUUUUCACCCUAAUAACACGCGCAAAAACCUUCAAUUGCAUGUGCAAACUUGAAAUUGAGUUCCCUUUUCUUCUUUUUGUUUUUCGCCUUAGAUUCAUAAGCGGAAAAAGAACAGAGGCACAUUGGGUUCGUUUCUUUUUGAGACAACAUUCGAUUUUUUUAUGUGAAUACUCGUAACAAUGUCUGGGUUGGAGGAAUUGCGAAAAAAGCUUGCACCUUUGUUUGAUGCUGACAAGGGGUUUUCAUCAAGUUCAACCUUGGACCCUUGUGAUUCUUACACACUAUCAGAUGGUGGAACUGUGAACUUGUUGAGUAGAUCAUAUGGUGUUUACAACAUCAAUGAGCUUGGGUUGCAGAAGUGCACUUCUCGGUCUGUGGAUGAAACUGAUCACAGUGAGAAAACGUAUAGGUGUGCUUCCCACGAGAUGAGAAUAUUUGGAGCAAUUGGUAGUGGUGCCAGUAGUGUUGUGCAGAGAGCUAUUCAUAUACCAACUCAUAGAAUUCUAGCACUGAAGAAGAUCAACAUCUUUGAGAAGGAGAAAAGGCAGCAGCUCCUUACUGAGAUAAGGACAUUAUGUGAAGCACCUUGUUAUCAGGGUCUUGUAGAAUUUCAUGGGGCAUUUUACACCCCAGACUCUGGACAGAUAAGCAUAGCUUUGGAGUACAUGGAUGGAGGAUCACUUGCAGAUAUCUUGCGAAUGCAUAGAAGGAUACCUGAGCCUAUUCUAUCAUCCAUGUUUCAGAAACUCCUACAUGGUCUAAGCUAUCUGCAUGGAGUCAGACAUCUAGUACACAGAGACAUAAAGCCUGCCAAUCUACUUGUAAAUCUCAAGGGGGAGCCAAAAAUUACUGAUUUUGGCAUUAGUGCUGGCUUAGAGAAUUCAGUGGCAAUGUGUGCUACAUUUGUUGGAACUGUUACAUAUAUGUCACCUGAGAGAAUUCGAAAUGAAAACUAUUCUUAUCCUGCUGAUAUUUGGAGCCUUGGUCUUGCUCUUCUUGAGUGUGGGACAGGGGAAUUCCCAUACACGGCUAAUGAAGGUCCUGUAAAUCUUAUGUUGCAGAUCCUGGAUGACCCAUCACCAUCACCAUCAAAAAACAAGUUUUCACCUGAAUUCUGCUCCUUUGUUGAUGCUUGCCUACAGAAGGAUCCAGAUAUCAGGCCAACAGCAGAGCAGCUGCUUUUGCACCCCUUUAUCACAAAGUAUGAGAAUGCCGAGGUAGAUUUAGCAGGAUUUGUUCGAAGUGUUUUUGAUCCUACACAAAGAAUGAAGGACUUGGCAGAUAUGUUGACAAUACAUUAUUACUUGCUAUUUGAUGGACCUGAUGAUUUGUGGCAACAUACAAAGAGCUUAUACAGCGAAAGCUCAAUAUUCAGUUUCUCUGGGGAACAACAUUGUGGUCCAAGUAAUAUCUUUACAGCUCUAUCAAGUAUUAGAACUACAUUAGUUGGUGACUGGCCUUCUGAAAAGUUGGUGCAUGUUGUUGAGAGGCUUCAAUGCCGGGCUGACGGCGAAGACAGAGUUGCAAUCAGGGUAUCAGGAUCCUUUAUAAUUGGAAAUCAGUUCCUCAUAUGUGGAGAUGGCAUUCAAGUAGAGGGCUUGCCAAACUUUAAGGAUCUUGAAAUUGAUAUUCCUAGCAAGCGGAUGGGUACAUUUCAUGAACAAUUCGUUGUGGAACCAACCAACUUUAUUGGAUGCUACUCCAUAGUUAAGCAAGAGUUGUACAUUAACCAGUAAUGUGUUAUAUUAUGGUGUCAUUAUGAUAGUAAUUAUUCAACACACUUACAAGAUGUAUCAUGAACUGGACAGAAUCUUGUUAUCCAAGAUACUGACCAAUAAGUAUCAUGCCUUCGAGAGAAUCCUGUUUUUGAAGGUGUAACAUUUAAAAUUUUUUCCAUGUAAUUAUUGUAUGAAAGUUAAUAGUGAAGAUGAAUUCUGACUUGCAUUUAACAAGUGAUUUUGUUACAACUAUUUUUAUAUGUCCCAGAAUCACUUCAAGUUAUCUUGAUUGUUUCAUUCUCCCGUUAAUAAAUUGGCACUGGUUUAAAAU